UGACUCUCUCUAAGCCCACUUCUCCCUCCCUCCCAAUUAUUUCCCUCAAUUGGACUCUCUCAAUAGAACCCUCACUCGCACUGUUCCUCCUUCAGCCGAUCCUUCGCACCCUCGUCCUUCGCUUCCGCCGUCCUUCCCUCUGUCGUCCCUUGCUCUCUCAGUCAUCCUCACUCUGUUAACCUCGCAAUUGGUUCACUCACGCUAUGGAACUCGCUGCGUGAAAAUUACUCCAUCGAUGAAGUUACGAAACCAUGGAUGAGAACUCAAAGGUCGUCGAAGUCCGGCCUCCCUGGUUGCUCCAUCAACGGGGACACUCCUUGACUCGCUCCAAUCUCCCAAAAUACAGUCAAUGAAAGAUUUUGGAGUUUUUCUUUCAUUCACGAUCUGAUCUGGUCAAUGAAAGAUUCCCCAUUUCAUUGUCAUGGAAAUAUGUUGCUGCUGAUGGUCAUGAUGGAGCUGCAGAGGGGCAGCAGUCUACUGUAGUAAUUCCCAAAGGGAGUCAUAUUCCUUGUUUAAAGGCUGUAACAAUCCUCCGGUCAGGUACAUUUACUGUUGAUGUGCAGUAUGCUGAUGUUAGUGAGCUGCAGGCCCCAGCAAAGAUCAGCUCCUACACGAUUGGCCCUUUUCAAUAAAUUGGUGGUGAUUGCGCUAAACUUAAGGUCAGACAACGGUUAAACCUGCAUGGAAUUGUGGCUAUUAAAUCAGCAACGGUCAGACAACGGUGAGGCUGCAUUUGGAAACCUUGGCCGUGUUUUUGUAUCUCAAUUGAAGAAAGGGUAUUUCAUCGAACCAACUAUUAUAAGUGAUAUCUCCACAUCCAUGCAAAUAUGGAGGGAAGAAGUUUUUGGCCAUGUCUUAUGUGUUAAAACAUUUAGUUCUGAAGAUGAAGCUCUUGAAUUGGCAAAUGAUACAGAGUAUGGUUUAGCUUCUGUUGUGUUUUCAAAAGACCUUGAAAGGUGUGAAAGGGUAUCGAAGCUUUUUGAAUCUGGAGCCGUGUGGGUUAAUUGCUCACAACCAUGCUUUGUUCAUGCUCCAUGGGGAGGCAUCAAGAGUAGUGGUUUUGGAUGUGAGCUUGGGGAAUGGUCAGUCCAUUCUAACUAUUCUCAUCCCUAUACACAAUUACAAGUUGCAACUACAUUAAAUUUAUUUCUCAUCACUACGCUUCUUCAUUUGAGAGAUUGUAUCAAGAACCUAACAGGAGACAGUAGUGUUUGAAAGACUAUGUAGUCCUUCCAAAUUAAUAUACAUUUUUCAGGAUAUCCUGAAAACGUUGUCAAGUUUCAUCAUAUAGUAAUGGCUUCAGAUCAAAUAACCCAAUAUGCCACUAAAAGUAAGUGAUGAGGAAAUGAUAGAAAGAUCUAACCACUACAGAGUAUCCUUGUAAAAGCAGGCAUGUUCUUGAUUAAGAAAGCUGGGACCAAACACUUAAUAGGGUAUAUGCUUGGAUUGAGGGUAAUGUAUUAAGGGAGUAAUGGAGACAAAAUGAGUUAUGACGCUGAUCGAUGCAUAUCUCCAACAUUAUAGUGGGAAGGAUCUAUGAUUUAAACACUUCUUUAAGGUUUAAUAUUAACCCUGAGGAUCUAUGACGCUAUGUCUAGGUUUAAAGAUAAUCAUUCUAAGAAGUACGCAUGUUAGAAAGAGGAACCCUGUAAGUUUUAAACCCUUGAAAAGGCUGCAGGGAGAACUAAUUAAGUACUACCUGUCUAGUAGACAUUGUUGCCAUUAGUUUGAUAGUUUCUUUCAAAUAACUAUAAUUUAUGUAGCUGUAGUCCUGAAUUGAGCAGAAAGCAUGACAAAUUAUUUUGCAUAGUGUGCGUGAGAAAGUAAAUUAUUGCCGUUAGUUAACUGAACCAAUAACAAUAUAUA